AUGUACGGGAUGUGGAGUGAGGACGAGCGGAGGGAGCGGCGCGCGCGCAUCGCUGCUGGCGAGGCGGACGGGAACCUCGAGACGUGCGUGCUGUGCAAGCAGGGGGGCAACCUGGUGUGCUGCGACUUCUGUCCGGGCACGUACCACAUGCGGUGCAUCGGCGAGACGCCCCGCGCUCUGUCGGACGAGCGGGACUGGAAGUGCCCGGAGUGCGAGUUCGGCGGCCGCGACCAGUCGGCGGGCCUGCGCGCGCCCCGCACCGCCAUUGACGGCGACCAGCGCUCCUUCAUCAUCUACCACGGGGGCGUGCUGGCGACCGAGCAGGUCGUCGACGACGCUGACAGCGACAGCGACGCGGGCGACGGAGACGUCAUGCAUCGCCCUCAGCGGCCAUGGGAGGCGCGCGGGUACCGCGUGGGGCUGCUUGACCGCGACUUCCGGGGAUUCGCGUUCCUGCAGGGCAGCGCGGCCCUGUCCGCGCUGGCCAAGUCCGACGCGCGCCGCGUACGUGCCGGCCGCGCCGGCGGGCGCCACUUGCAGACGGUCGCCAUGGUGGACCCGCAGCAGGGCAAGAGGAUCGUGGGCGCGUCGGCGUACGCCAACCGCUACAGGAACAGCUGGGUGACGUUCGCCAUCCACCUGCAGGACCACGUGGACCAGCUGGAGAAGGAGUUUCGCCGGGGGUCGCGCGGGCGUGGCAACGCGCCCUACAUCCCGCCACCCCUGCGUCCGGCGUCCCUGCCCAUCCACCGCUUCCAGUACCCGGCCCCGCCCGGCAGGGCGCCCGCACAGCCCGUGCGGCAGCCGGCGAUCAAGUGCGGGCUGUGCGUGCACUGCCUCAACCCGCAGCACAAGAAGCCUUGCCUGGAGCGCGACAACCUGAUGGACGUACCGGACGACUCCCUCGCGCCGCCCGAGGACGACGGCCGGGGCAUCAACGGGUCGCCGCGGCUGUCGACGCUCAUCGCGCUGGUCAUGCGCAUGGAGCGCGAGCUGUGGGGGGUGCUGGGCGGCUGCUGGGGGGGCUUCUCUGAGAACAACCCCCUGCGGCAGUUCCGUCAAGAGCCCGGCGCGGGCCGCGAGGCGCUUGCCAGGGGCGGCGAGUGGCGCCGCGAGUGGGUGCGGAGCGUCCGGGGCGCGACAACUGUGUCGCACCUGGCCGCCGCCUGUGCGCAGCUGGAGGCCGCCGUGCCGCGCGAGCUGCUGCCCCCCGCGUGGGACAUCGUGGGCCUCGAGCUGCCGGACGCGACCAUCAGCGCGUGCAACAUCGACCAGGCGGACCCGCAGAUGCUGAGCGAGAUGCCGUCCGGGACGCCGCGCGCGAUCCUCUUCCACAAGAUGGGCGGCAUGAUGGGCGCGGCGGCGGGGCGGCGGGUCAAGCUGCAGGCCCCCGACGGGUACACGGUGGUGCACGGCUACCGCUGCGGGUACUGCGACUGCUGCCUGAAUCCGCACUGGAAGCAGGCGUGCAAGAACCGCCUGGUCAAGAAGGAGGAGGACCCCCCCAAGAAGAGCGGCGGGAGCAAGAAGCGGAAGGCGCCCGCGCCGCCGGCGAUCUCGUUCGGGAUCCCCGCGCCGGGCGGCGACCGGCCGCGGUCGAAGCGGCUCGCGGCGCGGCAGGACAUGGCGGCGGCGGACAUGGCAGCGUCCACAGUGGUGGAGCACAAGCCCGUGCCCGCCGUGCCCCCGCGGCCGAGCCUGCAGACCGCCGCGGAGUUCGCCAGUGAGAUCCCGCCGGACGUGCUCGCGGAGGCCCAGGGCGACGUGCGCAGGUCGGGGCGGCGGAGCAGGCCGGUGGAGUUUUUCCGCCCGGACGACCCGCGCAAGCAGCUGGGGUCCGAGCCCAGCGCGCAGGCGGCCGCGCCGGACCGCCGGUCGGAGGUGACGCUGCUCAUGGACGAGAAGGACGCGAUCGUCUCGUGGAAGCUGAACGGUCCGGACGGGAACGAGCUGCUGGACCCGCCCCCCAAGGGCACCUGUGGGUUCCAGUUCGUGCAGCGGCGUCGGAGCGGCGCGCGGGCGGGCCCCGCGCUGCCGACCCUCGUGCUGCGGCGCGCGGCGCGCCAGGGCGGGCAGCGGAUGGUGCCCGGGGUGUCGUACAAGAACCGCAAGGCCGAGCACGGGCUGGAGUCGUCCCCGCGGCUGCAGUGGCUGGCGCGCGUGGACCAGGCGCAGACCGCGUCGCAGCUCGGGCUGCUGCUGCGGGAGCUCGACAUGGCGGUGCACUGGGACCCGGUGAAGAAGCCCGAGGCCUCUGCUGCGGGCGUGUUUCACUUUCUGGGCAUACUCGACAGGAGGGUGGCGGAAGGCGGGGGGUGGCUCGAGUACCUGGUCGACUUCGAGGGUGGCGGCCGCGGGCUGUCCGACGCCGUGGAGCGGCUGGUGGACGACUACGCGGGCCGCUGGGUCCCGAGCUACGACCUGCCCAUGUGGUUCACGCGGGAGUUCGAGGAGCGCGCACGGCGCAGGGCCUCGGUCGCGACGGAGCGCGGCCUCGACUUCUACGAGGCGUGCCUGACCUGCGGCAAGGCCCCCGGGGAGCCCGUCGACGGCGGGGAGGGCGGCUGGCUCUGCUGCAGCUCGUGCUCCCGCGCCGUGCACGCGGCCUGCGCGGGGUUCCCCGGGUGCGACUCGAACUACGAGUGGUGCUGCGGCGAGUGCAGCUCGGAGCGCAGCACGAGGACGCGCGUGCGGCACGUGACUCGCGCGCUGGAGGACGGCCUGGACAAGGCGGGCGCGCCGGGGGAGCGGAGGAGGGUGGACGACAUCAUCCAGGAGUACCAGGGGCGGGGGGAGGCGGUGGUCGUCGUCGGGCCGCGACGCGCCAGGAAGGACAAGCCCUCCGUGGGCGCUGCGAUCCAGACGACCCUGGAGGAGGUCGGGAUCCACCGCAGGGAGCGUGGAGCAGCGGAUGUCUGCGUCUGUCGCUCGACCGACCGCAGCCGGGCCGCCGUCACGUGCGACGUGUGCGGGGAGCUGUACCACGCGGACUGCGUGGGGCUCCUGUCGGACGACGUGCACCUGGUCGACCAGUACGUGUGCCAGGGCUGCACGACACAGCUGACUGCAUUCAACAAGCCCGACAUGGUCGUGCGGCUGCCGCCCAAGGAACCCCGCGACGGUUGCGAUUCGCGCCCCUGCACUGUGUGCCAGGUGCGCGGCUCCGGCCCGCUGGACGUCCUGGGGGAGGUGAGGACGUGCGGGCACUGCAAGGUGCCUGCGCACCUCUACUGUGCGUUCAACAGCAGCUCGGUCGACCCCUCCAACCCGAAUGAGUGGCUCUGCGACGCAUGUGCCGCGGGCCACGAGCCAGAUCAGCUGGUCUGCGUGCUCUGCGAGAAGUCCGGGGGCCUGCUGAAGCGCAUGGAGGCCAACUGCGCGGCGGGCGUCAUCGCGAUGCGUCAGGCGGCCGCGGAGAAGCUGCGCAACCACAGGGAGAGCUACCGCAGCCCGUUCGCGUUCGACCCGUCCGAGGUGUGGUGUCACACGCUCUGUGCGGCGUGGAUGCAGGCGAGCUUCACCGGGCAGGGGGAGGUGACGGGCCUGCAGGACUCUGUCGAAGAGGCCGCUUUCACGUACAAGUGUCGCCUCUGCGGCGACAAGGGUCGCGGGGCACUCGCGGUGUGCGACCACGUCGACAGCGACGGCCCGCGCCUGAAGUUCUGCUCCGUCCAGGUCCACCCAGCGUGUGCGCGCGAGCACGGUCUCCCGAUGGCGCUCAUCCCCGCCUUCGGGUACGCGGCCGGCGACGCGAUGCUGGCGCGCUUCUAUUGCCCGAACCACGCGCACAGUCACCCCGCGGAGGUCAAGUACGCGGGCGACCGGAUGUACAGCACUGGCUACCUGAUCGACGUCGGGCAGGACAUUGCGGCGCUGCAGAGCGCCUCCGCGGCGCGAUCGCACGAGCUCGCGCGGCUCGGGCCAGGAAUGCGCAAGUGUCUGCUCGCGGUGGACGCCCUGCUGCUGUGCCCGGAGUCGCUGAUCUUCCGGGAGCCUGUGUCGCGCUCCGAGGCACCCGACUACCACCGAGUGGUCAAGUGCCCGAUGGACCUCGGAACCAUCCGUAAGAACAUCGUCGGCGGGGCGUUCGCGGCCACCGCGGACGUUGCGCGCGCGGUGAGGCUGGUGUUUGCCAACUGCCGCUUGUACAACGACCCGGGGUCGUCCUUCUGCACCGUCGACGCACGGCUGUGUCAAGUGGCGUUCGAACGAGCGUGGGCCACUGCUGGCCUACCCCCGGAAGAGGCCGCGCAGGGCCAGGACGAACGCCUCGCCAUGGUAGCAGACGUGAAGAGGGGCGGAGGGCGGGGCUCGCGCGCUGGUCGCAAGGACGACGCCGAGGACUGGGUUCGCAGCGCUCAGAGCGUGCUGGGCAAGGUCCUGAAGCUGAAGGCGGCCUGGUGGUUCACGGAGCCCGUGCCGCUCGACACCGCCCCGGACUACUUGGAGGUCGUCAAGCACCCCAUGGACCUCGGCACGGUGAGGGACAAGCUUCAGGCAGGUGGCCUCCAGAGCCCGGAACAGGUCGUGGAGCUGGUCGAGCUUGUCUGGAGCAACUGCAGGGCCUACAACGACGCCGAUUCGGACGUGUGUCGGGACGCUGCGACCUGCGAGAAGGCUUUCAACAAACACUGGACGAGCGAGGGCCUGCCUGGACUCGUCACGCCUUCGCCUCAGACCGCGCAACCCGGGGUUCCCGCCACGCCAGCGCCAGACGCGCAGAACCUCAAUGCUGAGGCCGUACUGGCGAAUCCAGCAGUGCCUGCGGCCCACGCGUCCCUCCCACCCGCGCCACAGGCGGCUGCACCGUCCCGCGAGGCCACCGUUGCAGCAGGCCCAGCGCCCCCGAUCGGCAAUCCCUCCACACCCUUGGCACCCCCGGCUCAGCCGCCCCAGCCUGCCCAGCCCGCUCCAGAGCCUGUGCCGGCGGUCGUCCAGCAGGCCCAGGACGCGAGCCUGACGGUGUCGCAGCGGGUGACCUGGGCUCUUGGGCAGGCCAUGUUGAGUCCCCUGGGCUGGGCCUUCACGCAAGGGCCCGCUCAGGCAACGGGCGACUCGCACGUCCCGAACCUUGGAACGAUGCGGCUCGGGGCGGAGACGGGGAAGUAUGGCGUGAUGACCGCGCCGGACGGGCAGCCGGCGGAGGACACCCUUCGGCGAGUCCUCGCAGACUUGUGGAAGCUGGCAGAGCGCGCCGACGCACCCGGGGGGGUCCCAGCUGCACGCAAGGUUGCCGCAGAAGCGCUGAAGGCGUGGUCAGCGGCGGGCCUGCCGUGCCUGGGGGCGGCGGAGCUGGAUCUGAUGCGCUCAGCAUGA